AUGGAGGCCUCAAUUAUCCGCCAGGAGCCUGGCCAAAUCUCUAGUCAGGCAAAAAUAGACAUCUUAUUAGUUGGAGAAGCCACUGUUCAAUACCUGUCUGAUAUUGUACAGAAAUUGUUUUCAAAUAUAGCAAAAGUUACCAUAACCAUUAGUGAUGUGAGGAAGGCAGCAGCACUUCUGAAAGAGUGCAUAUUCAACAUGGUUUUCCUGAAGAUGACUUUACCAACUGCCAGGGAGCUGGAAGCUGUCAAAUUAAUUAGAUUUGGCAGGAAGAAAAAUACACAUUUGCUAUUUGUUUUUAUAAUCCCUGAAAAUUUUAAAGGUUGUCUUUCAGAGCAUGGAGCUGAUAUUACUUUAAUUGAACCACUGACUAUGGAGAAACUUAGCAUUGUGGUAAAAUACUGGAAAACAUAUUUCUCAAAUACUGUUAAGAAUGAAAGUUCUGUGAAGCCUGAACAAUCUGGAUUUCCCCUGCAGAAGUCCUAUAGUGAACAGCUGGGAUGUUUUUCUACUGAUCUAUUUGCUUGCUCUGAUUCUCUAAGAAAGGACAUUGGGCUUGAAUUAAAGGCUCCAUUUUCUGAUUUUGAAACAAGCAAAAAGAUUUCUCUUCUUCAUUCAAGCAAGGAAAAGCUGAGAAGAGAGCGAAUCAAGCAUUGCUGUGAGCAGCUGCGUACUUUGGUGCCGAGUAUAGAGGGGAGAAAGAAUGAUGCGGCUUCAAUUCUCGAGGCCACAGUUGAUUAUGUGAAAUAUAUCCUAAAGAAAAUCCCUCCAGCUGCUAUGGGCCAGAUUACAGAAGUACUUCAGAGCAAUAGGAGAUUUUGUAAGAAACAACAAAUGUUCAUCCAGCCAUCCUUCCCAGGCACAAUCACGGCACAAAGGGAAAACAGUGUAUUGGCAAGCAAACAUUCACCUAUGAGAGGAAUCAGUUUCCUGACUAAUAAGUGCUUGAAUGUGUACUCUGUUCCUGCCUCAGGGGGCUCCUUGGAUGGCACUGUGAGAGGUCAAUCUAGCUCCACUUCAGAGAAUGCUAUUGGUGAUGUCUAUAAAACUCAAGUCCCCAGAAGCACAGCUCUCUCUCUUAAUUCCUUCCAAGCUGUCAAAUACUAUUCUACAGUCAUCCCUUCCUAUGAUUUAGUUGCUGUAACAAAUCAGAACAUUUCAGUUCAUUUUCCAUCAGCUGUACCCAAAGUCUCAAAAUUUCUUCCUCAGCAAUGCAAUUCUGUGAUGGGACAGACAUGCACAACACAUUCCAAUUGCCUGCAACAGUCCUGGGCCUAUCAAUAG